AUGGACGACGCGACGGAUGGGUCCACGCGCGUCGUCGAGGUCCCUUCGAACGGAGAGAUAGCGCGCCUGACGGCGAGCGCGAGCGCGAGGGCGAAGGAAGACGCCGCGGAGGCGAUCGUGGUGACGACGGCGACGAACGCGACGACGCCGUUCGAGUCCGUGGACGACGUCAUCGCGCGAUUGAUGCCGUUUCACGCGUUCGCGGGACCGGAGGACGCGGGUCUGGACGAAGGAACGACGGAGACGACGCCCGAGCGAACGCGACGCGGGAAGACGGGAGAGGAGGGCGAAGAAAAGUCAGAGGUCGAGGCGUCGACGAGCUCGAGAGGCGAUCGAGGAGGCGACGCCGAGGGACGGAGACUCGGUCGCGAGGCGUCGUGGAGGCGAGACGCGGAGGCGUUCGCCAAGGACGCGGCGGCGCUCGGGAAACGAGCGCGCGCGAAGCUCUCGAGUCGACGGCGGUCGACGGACGCGUCGACGGACGCUUUGGACAUCGACGAGCGGGCGUUGAUCGAGCGAUUGGCUUGGGAUCACGCCCGCUCGCACCUGAGAUUGGAGCAAGCGCACCGCUCGUUAGCCGUGCACAGAUUCGUAAAGCUCGAGGCGGACGUUCGCUCGCGCGAACUCCAGCUUCGCGCGUAUGAACGUCCGCGACACGCCCAGGGAACGGAUUCGGGCGUGUGCACCGAGCGAUGA